GACCGGAGCGGACCGGACCGCACCGGACGGGACAUCCGACGUGUGGAGCAGGGUGGUGCUGAAACAGAGCUGCUGCUGGACGAGCUGCGGCGUCCUGGAGACCUCCUGCUGUCCUGUUCUCCUGCGCCUCCUGCUCCUCCUGCUCCUCCGGGUCCUCCGGGUUCUCCGGAUCCUCCGGGUUCUCCGGGUUCUCCGGAUCCUCCGGGUUCUCCGGGUCCUCCGGAUCCAGCCUCAUAUUUCUUGCUCUGUUUUCCUUCUCUGGAUGUCGGAAUGUCUGCUGCUGGUCUCCUGCUGCUGCUGACAGUUCUCCUAUGUGUGGUGAAGAUACGUGCUAAGACAGAAAUGAAGAGAGUUGUUGGAGAAAAUGCCACGCUGCCCUGCCACCACCAGUUCUGGGUUGGCGAUGACCCUACUCUGGAUAUUGAAUGGCUAUUUCUCAAACCUACCAACAGGCAGCGAGUGGUAAUCACCUACUUCGCUGGGCGAGUCUUCGACCCUAACGAGGCAGAGCGUGGCCGUGUAGCUUUUGCCGGAGAAUAUUUAAAAGGCGACGCCUCUCUGUUGAUCAGUGACUUGUCGCUGACCGACUCAGGAGAGUACAGCUGUAAAGUCAAGACUGGCGCCCAGUAUCACUGGAGCACCGUCAGCCUCGUGGUGCUGGUGAAGCCGUCCAAACCACGGUGCUGGAUGGAGGGCAAACUGUUGGAGGGCGGAGAUGUUAAGAUGAGCUGCAAGUCUGCCGAUGGCUCUGAUCCGAUUCAUUACAAAUGGGAGAGAGUACUGGACAAGGGCAAGUACUUUGGCAAGCUGCCGCAGCUGGCCCUGAUCGAUUUGAAAAACCCAGAAAUUAUGACAUUAAAGAACCUGACCCAGGAAAACACCGGAAUCUACAAGUGCACAGCGACCAACGACGUGGGACAAGAGAGCUGCACAGUGGAGGUCAAGAUGCACUAUAUAAGAGAAUGGGGUGUGGUGGCAGGAGCCGUGGUCGGUGUGUCUUUUGGUGUCCUCCUCAUCAUCCUCAUCAUCUGGUUAGUGUUCCGCAAUAAGGAGAUGAAGAAGUAUGAAGAAGAGGAGACCCCGAAUGAAAUCAGGGAGGAUGCAGAAGCUCCCAACCAGCUGGUGAAGCCCAACUCCCUGUCGUCGUCCCGCUCCGGCAGCACCCGCUCCGGCACCUCCUCCACUCAGUCCAUGAUGCACGGCGUGGCCCGUGGCCAGCGGGUCUGUGGUCCCGCCGUGUCAGCUCUCAAGGAAAACAGACAGGCCUCCACCUUUCCUCAGUCUCCGCCUGGCUACGAUCCCAGGGUUCCCAAGACUCCUGAGCCACGUUCGACGCCCAGCUCCACAUCUACCUCCACCUCCAAGCCCAGCCCGCCUCCCAAGCUGAGCUCUGGGAACCUGUCUCGCAUGGGGGCCACUCCUGUAAUGAUCCCAGCCCAAACCAAGGCCUUCCAGACUGUGUAGAAGAGGAAGUGACCCCUC